GGGUACCGGCUUCCCUUUGCGGAGCGCUCUGGUGCAGCGCGGACCAGCUCUGCUGCUCGUCCUCCCUCCUCCUCCGACCAUGGCGUUGCCCGGCAGUUGACGUUGGGUUUCUCCCCUUUCUACCUUCUCCUCCUUCUCCAGCCCCUUUCUUUCCCCCUUCCCCGGGUCCCGGCUCAGGCACGUAGGCGGCCGGUUCCGGAGACACCGGGUUCCCCCGUCCCCCUCCCCGCCCCUCAGGAACAGGCUGUAGGAGUCGGGCCGGGCGGCUGCCGGACGCGCCAUGAACCUCAUCAUCGGCAUCGGCGGGGUCACCAACGGAGGCAAGACCACCCUCACCCGCAAGCUGAUGCAGGCCCUGCCCAGCUGCAGCGUGGUGCACCAGGAUGACUUCUUCAAGCCCCAAGAUGAAAUAGAAGUUGAAGAUGGGUUUAAACAGUAUGAUGUGAUUAGUGCACUAGAUAUGGAAGCUAUGAUGAAUACCAUAAACGCUUGGAUAAAAGACCCAGUCAAGUUUGAACGUUCUCAUGGGAUCAACAACACGCUGGAUGCCCAAAUAUUAGAAGACAAGGAGGGAGGAGAUGAAACAAUCCACAUUCUUAUUGUUGAAGGCUUUCUACUUUACACCUACAGGCCACUGAUUGAUGUAUUCCACCAUCGGUACUUUCUUUCCAUUCCAUAUGAAGAGUGUAAACGGAGAAGAAGUUCAAGGAAUUACACUGUACCGGAUCCACCUGGAUUGUUUGAUGGCCACGUUUGGCCUAUGUAUGUAAAGCACAGGAAGAUAAUGGAAGAUCUUGGAGUUGAUGUGGUGCACUUGAAUGGAACAAAAUCAAAGGAGGAGCUGUUCAAUGAUGUGUAUGGACAGAUCCAGAAUAAGAUUGAAGAAUUACUUAAGAUGAAGAAAUAAACUGCUGCUGCUGAUUCUUGUGAGUGAAGAUUAAUCCUGUUUGUGCUGUCUACCUGACUGCCACUAAAGUUCCAGCUUCUAUGAAGACUCUCAACUCUUAAAUUUGACUUUGCUCAAUCUUCCCUUGAAAUUGAGUUAUAUAUGGUCAUUAUUAAAAAGCACUUGCCCCUUGUCUGUCAUCUUAA